GAGGCGCCCGCCACUGCACUCGAUGGCGGGCAUUUACCCAUGGCUGAUUCUCGGGGGUGCGAUGUUGGGCCUGCUCCUCAUGAGCUAUGUCAUAUACCAUUACUUCGCAGACCCGAGAGAGUCUUAUGGCUUGGCAUGCGUUACCGUGGUGCUAUCGCUGACUGUCAGCAUUCUGUGUACAUUGCUGAUCCCAGUGGACAUCUACGUCAUCUCAGAGGGCGACAUAACCUCUGAGUCUCUGCAUGUCACAAUAUCGCAGGAGCACGUGCGGAACGCCUACAUGGUGCUUUUCGUCAUGCUCCUCGUCUGUGCCUUCGGACUCGUGCCCCACGCCUACUUCUACGGCGAAGAGCGAGGUGGCGACCUGGACGGUAAGUUGAACAAGCCGAGCUGUUGCAACGCGAUGAAGUCCACUGUUUUCUUCGUAGGCUUUGUUGGUGUUUUGCUCACCAUUGGCCUCAACUUCAGGCCCGGACACACCGCCAGCCUGGACAGGGUCUGGGAAGGGCAGGACGGCGCGUUCAGGUGGUUGACGGACCUGCUCGAUUUGGACCACGACGGCCUGAACGCGAUCUCGUUUUCGAUCGCGUGCCUGACGUCCGUGGGAGUGGUCGGGUGGGUGUUUUACACGGCGUACGGCAUGGCGGCCAUGCCCUUCGACUGGCUCCAGAGGAAGCAGACGGCCACCGAGCAGCGGCAGGACCUGCAGUCGAGCCUGUCCAGUCUCCGCGAGAAGUAUCGCAUGAUCCAGUCAAAGUAUCCGUCGCGCGAAGAUGGGUCGCUUGACCCCUCCUGCAUGAAGGCAGCGGAUCGGAAGGAGUUCUCGAGGUUACAGCGAGAGCACAAGAGCCUGAUGCAGCACAAUUACAAGCUGCAGGAGCUCGAGCAGAAG